ACAAGAUGAGAUGUGACAGUAUUGGCUCAUGUUGCGUCAUCUGGAUCACUGUUGUCUCUGGCUUGCCGGCAGGAAAUCUGUUCCCUUUGGACCGGAUAAGCGGCAUGCUGCAGUUAGUGCAAAAGCCCUCCCCACGUUUGGGUCAGGAGUUCUUUUGCCCACUAUUUUCUUUGGAACACCGGGGCCCUCCGAGAAACUAUACCUGUACAAGUUUGUACUGGCAUCAGUUCAGAAGCGGAUUAUCUUUCCAUCUCACUAUCAUUCCGAUCUGACUAACUAUAGACCUUUUAAUUCUCGUGGAUAAUUCAUAUGCAGCACUUUCAGGAUUUAUAUAUAGCGUCGAAUAUAUAUCAGAUCUGUCACACC